AUGGGGUCCGAGGACCACAGCGCCCAGAACCCGAGCUGCAAGAUCAUGACCUUCCGCCCCACCAUGGAGGAGUUCAAGGACUUCAACAAAUACGUGGCCUACAUUGAGUCCCAGGGGGCCCACCGCGCGGGCCUGGCCAAGAUCAUUCCCCCGAAGGAGUGGAAACCACGACAGACGUACGAUGACAUCGAUGAUGUGGUCAUCCCGGCCCCCAUCCAGCAGGUAGUGACUGGCCAAUCGGGCCUCUUCACGCAGUACAACAUCCAGAAGAAGGCCAUGACAGUGGGCGAGUACCGGCGGCUGGCCAACAGUGAGAAGUACUGUACCCCGCGGCACCAGGACUUUGAUGACCUGGAGCGCAAGUACUGGAAGAACCUCACCUUCAUGUCCCCCAUUUAUGGGGCCGACAUCAGCGGCUCCUUGUACGAUGAUGACGUGGCCCAGUGGAACAUUGGGAGCCUGCGGACCAUCCUGGACAUGGUGGAGCGUGAGUGUGGCACGGUCAUCGAGGGCGUCAACACGCCCUACCUGUACUUUGGCAUGUGGAAGACCACGUUCGCCUGGCACACGGAGGACAUGGACCUGUACAGCAUCAACUACCUGCACUUCGGGGAGCCCAAGUCCUGGUACGCCAUCCCGCCGGAGCACGGCAAGCGCCUGGAACGGCUGGCCAUCGGCUUCUUCCCCGGGAGCUCCCAGGGCUGCGACGCCUUCCUGCGCCACAAGAUGACCCUCAUCUCGCCCAUCAUCCUCAAGAAGUAUGGCAUCCCCUUCAGCCGGAUCACACAGGAGGCCGGGGAGUUCAUGAUCACGUUUCCCUACGGCUACCACGCUGGAUUCAACCACGGCUUCAACUGCGCAGAAUCCACCAAUUUUGCCACCUUGCGAUGGAUCGAUUAUGGGAAAGUGGCCACUCAGUGCACGUGCCGGAAGGACAUGGUGAAGAUCUCCAUGGACGUCUUCGUGCGCAUCCUGCAGCCCGAGCGCUACGAGCAGUGGAAGCAGGGCAAGGACCUGACGGUGCUGGACCACACGCGGCCCACCGCCCUCAGCAGCCCCGCGCUCAGCAACUGGAGCGCCUCCUGCGCCUCCCUCAAGGCCAAGCUCCUGCGCAGACAAAUUAGUCUGAAAGAAAACAGACUGUGGAGAAGGACUGAGGAGGAGAGGAGACCAAGUCUAGAGAGGAAGAGGGAGCAGACCAGGAAGCCGGGGCUGGCGUCACACCGGAAACGAAACCAGCCCAAGAAGGCCAAGCCAGACGAUCCCAAGGCAGUGGGGGAGGGAGCAGCGGCCGGGGCGGCCUUUCUGGAGGACACUGGCGGGGGCACCAAGGAGGAGGCCGCGCAGGAGGCUGACCCUGAGGAGGAAGAGGAUGCGCUGCCCCCACCGUCGGGGAGGGACGCCGAGGCCACAGAAGAGGAUGGGAGGGGCAAGCUGCGGCCAGCCAAGGCCAAGGGCGACCGGAAGAAGAAAGCCUACGGGCCCCUGCUCAGCCACCUGCCCCCACCAACCCUGCCGCCAGCACCCCAGACCCCCUUCACCUCUGAGGAGGUGGCCCUGCCGCCCCCCCUGCUGGAGCCCCCUGUGCUGGUGCCCACUCCCACUGCUGCCCACGAGGAAGGCCUGCCCCCCACAGCCCUGAACGUGAUGCCACCCGAGGCCCCUGGCAGCUCAGAGGAUGAGGCCAAGCCUCGGCCCAUCAUCCCCAUGCUGUAUGUGGUGCCCCGGGGCGAGCGUGCGGCCAGUGACAGGGAGGCCCGCACGCCCCAGCAGACCUUCGAGCACUUUGUCCCCAAGGGCACCACCUGGCCCGAGCCCACUGCACCCAUGGAACUGACACUGCAGGAGGGCCAGGGAGGAUCUGGACACCCCGAGGCACCAGUUCGGGCUGGUGAUGUGCAGGUGCCGUCUACAUUCUCGAAAUUGAAGAUGGAGAUAAAGAAGAGCCGCCGCCACCCCCUGGGCAAGCCGCCCACCCGCUCCCCGCUGUCCGUGGUCAAGCAGGAGGCCUCAAGUGAUGAGGAAACGCUGCCUUUCUCUGGGGAGGAGGACGUGAGCGACCCCGAAGCCUUGAAGUCUCUGCUGUCACUGCAGUGGAAGAACAAAGCAGCCAGCUUCCAGGCAGAGCGCAAGUUCAAUGCCGCGGCCGCACUGACCAAGCCCUACUGCGCUGUCUGCACCCUAUUCUGCCCCUACAGCCAGUCCCUGCAGCCCGAGAAGGAGGCAGCCCAGGCCACUGUUGGGGAAGGCCCCACGGCUGCCGCCCCGCUUUCCAAAAGUGGCCAGAAGACGCGGCCACUGGUCCCUGAGAUGUGCUUCACAGCCAGUGGCGAGAACACGGAGCCACUGCCCGCCAGCUCGUACAUCGGCGACGAUGGGACCAGCCUGCUCGUCGCCUGUGCCAAGUGCUGCCUGCAGGUCCAUGCCAGUUGUUACGGCAUCCGUCCUGAGCUGGUCAGCGAGGGCUGGACGUGUUCCCGGUGCACGGCCCACGCCUGGACUGCGGAGUGCUGUCUGUGCAACCUCCGGGGCGGAGCGCUGCAGAUGACCACGGACAGGAGGUGGAUCCAUGUGAUCUGCGCCAUCGCCGUCCCCGAGGUCCACUUCCUGAACGUGAUGGAGCGCCACCCGGUGGACAUCAGCGGCAUCCCCGAGCAGCGGUGGAAGCUGAAGUGCGUGUACUGUCGAAAGCGCAUGAAGCGCGUGUCGGGCGCCUGCAUCCAGUGUUCCUACGAGCACUGCUCCACGUCCUUCCACGUGACCUGCGCCCACGCCGCUGGGGUGCUCAUGGAGCCGGACGACUGGCCCUACGUGGUCUCCAUCACCUGCUUCAAGCACAAAGCCGGCACCCCAGCAGCCCAGUUCCUGCGGGCCGUGACCUUGGGCCAGACGGUCAUUACCAAGAACCGCAAUGGGCUUUACUACCGCUGCCGCGUCAUUGGCGCCGCCACACAGACCUUCUACGAAGUGAACUUCGACGACGGCUCCUACAGCGACAACCUGUACCCGGAGAGCAUCACCAGUAGAGACUGUGUCCGCCUGGGGCCGCCGCCCGAGGGCACGUAUGUGGAGCUGCGGUGGGCUGAUGGCAACCUCUACAAGGCCAAGUUCAUCUCCUCCAUAACCAGUCACAUCUAUCAGGUGGAGUUUGAGGAUGGGUCUCAGCUGACCGUGAAGCGGGGGGACAUCUACACCCUAGAAGAGGAGCUGCCCAAGAGGGUCAGGUCACGGCUGUCGGUCAGCACGGGGGCACCCCAGGACAGCGCCUUCUCAAGUGAAGACGUGAAGGCCGCCAAGCGCCCACGGGUGGGUGCCCCACGGACCGCCACCGUCCCCAGCGCCACCGCGGAGGACGUGACCCAGAGACCGGACUACCUGGCCUUCAUGGAGAACCUGCUCCAGCCCAGCACGGCCGCCCAGCCCCGCACCUGCUCGCGGGGACCCUGGCCUCGUCUCCCUCCUGGCCCGAGGCCACCUCUGCGCAGCAGCCGAGCGUCGGGGCCGCGGCCGGACUCAGGGAGCGGGGCCAGCGGCCGCCACCUCACUCCUCAGACCCUGAACCGUGAAGAGCUCUUCUCGAAAAGGUGCUACCACAUUGCCUCCCGCGCGACCCGGAACCGUGACGUGUACAUAGGCCGCCUUUGCCACCCCUACCCUACCCCUGGUGACCCCACCCUGGGCCUUCUCCACUACCCCUGGCCACCUCCACCCCGGGCCAUCCCCACCCCCCACCCCCAGCCACCCUUACCACCCCCAGCAACCCUCACCCCGGGCCAACCAAACCCUGGAACAUUCCCACUCCCAGCUACCCUCACCCGCACCCUGACCACCCCUACCCCGGGCCACCUCUAUCCUACCUUCGGCCACUCCCACCCCAGACCACCCCCACCCCUGGUCACUCCCACAUUCGGCCACCUCCAUUCCGGGCCACCCCAUCCCCGGCCAUCCUCACCUCCUCACCCCCAGCCACCCUUACCACCCCUGGCCACUCUCACCCCUGGUGACCCCCACCGCGAGCCACCCUCACCUCCGCCCCCCCCCACUCCUGGCUACCCCCGCCCCUGGCCACUGUCACCCCCGACCACCUAG